UAACCAGUUAACAUCUAAACUUCAUUGCAAUAUAGUUUCAAAUAAACCAAAUAAUAAUAAUAAAUCACAAGGAAAGAAUGCACGUAAUUACCGACCUUGUAUAAUGUGUAAUGAUUUACAUCCGCUAUAUUCAUGUCAAAAGUUUUUGGACCUUAGUGUACAAAAUAGAUUAAAAUUUAUCCAAACUAAGCAGUUGUGCCCUAAUUGCAUGCGUCCAGGACAUACUGUUGACACCUGUGUGUUCGGGCCGUGUCGAAAAUGUGAUAAAAAACAUAAUUCAUUAAUUUUCGAUGUAAUUAAAAAUUAUGAUCAUAGUUUCCCUAAAGUUACGUUGCCAUCUUGUGAACAAUCAGCCGUCCCGUCUAAUACGAAAGAUAACUCGAACGCACACUCUUUUCAGGCGCAAACUACUGACACAAUUGAUAACAUGCAUCCAGCGCAACCAGUUUUGCUGUCCACAGCUAUUGUAGAAAUACGUAGCCAGUCGGGUGUUUACCAUCAAGCGCGCGCUCUACUCGAUAGUGGCAGCGAACGUUCAUUCAUCACACAAACACUUUGUGACAAAUUAAAUCCACCAGUAAUACAGUCCACUCAAGAAAUUCACGGCGUAGGUAAUACAAUAACACAGUGUUCGCAAUCCUGUGAUAUUGAGAUCAAAUCACGCACUGGUAGUUAUGCUGCACGCAUUCAGUGUUUAAUUCUACCACAAAUAACAUCAAACUUACCUAUGAAGACAUAUAACGUUAAUUUGUUUACCAUACCGGAUAACAUUGUACUUGCAGAUCCGACGUUUUAUGAUAGUCAGCAGAUUGAUUUAUUAAUAGGCGCGGAUUUGUUUUGGGAAUUAGUUAGAGAAGGUAAAAUACGACUUAAAAAUGGCCCCUAUCUCCAAAAUACGCAUCUUGGUUGGAUAAUCUCGGGCUCAUUUCAAUAUAUUACACGCAAACAAAGACAUGUUAGCUGUAACUUUACGCAAACCGUUGACAGUGACACAUGCUCAUUAGAUCAAUUAUUACGAAGUUUUUGGGAAAUCGAAGAAUUACCAAUUAAUUUUCCUAAGUUAAGCUACGAAGAGCGCGCCUGUGAGGAGCACUUUAUUAAAACAACCUCACGGACGGCCGACGGGCGGUUUAAGGUUCGAUUUCCGUUCAAGCACUCUCCGAAGUUACUAGGUGACACGCGCACACAAGCUGAACGUCGUUUUUAUGCCUUAGAAAAAAGGUUACAACGCAAUCCUACUUACAAACAAAUGUAUAUCGACUUUAUACACGAAUACAUUAACUUAGGCCACAUGAGUCUUGUACACAGUUAUCAAACACCACAUUAUUUUUUACCUCAUCACGGUGUGUUUCGAGAACAUUCCACUACUACAAAGUUGCGUGUAGUCUUCGAUGCUAGUAUGGCUUCCACUUCGGGGUUAUCAUUAAAUGACUUGCAGAUGAUCGGUUCAGCUAUACAAGGCGACUUAAUCGCGAUUUUACUUAGAUUUCGGGAAAACAGGUAUGUAGCUUGCGCAGACAUAGAGAAAAUGUACCGUCAAGUACUUAUAGAAGAUGAUGAACGAGAUUAUCAGCUGAUCUUGUGGAGAGACGAUCCUUCCAAACCACUCAUGGUAUAUCAAUUAAAUACUGUUACCUAUGGUACCGCUUCGGCACCGUUUUUAAGCUGUAGAUGUUUAAAACAAUUAGCGCAUGAGUGUGAGGUUCCGUAUGUGAAAGAAACUAUUAAUGAUAAUUUUUACGUGGACGACUUAAUUUGCAGUGCAAAUAGUAUUUCAAAAUUAAAUCAAAUUUGCGAAGGUACUGAUAAGGUUUUAAAAUCGGCUUGUUUAAUUUUACGUAAAUGGAUUUUUAACUUUGACUGCGCUGAUAAUGACGAUGCGCAAAAUGUUACAAAAAAACUCGGCCUAGCAGGAGAUAACGUUCAAAACAAAACUUUAGGUAUUGGAUGGAAUAAUAAGUUAGAUGAAUUAAUGUUUUACACACAAAUUAAGUAUGAUGCCAACAACAUUAUUACGAAACGCAUUAUUUUAUGGGCGCAUCACAAAUUUAUGACCCCUUAGGUUUAAUUAGUUCAGUUAUUAAUAUCGCUAAGAUAUUAUUACAAAAAUGUUGGCUGUUGAAACUUAAUUGGGAUGAACCGAUUCCUUGUGACAUCGCGCAAGCAUGGGAUCGAUUUGUUUCUUGCCUAUCAUUGUUAAAUAACAUACACAUAUCGCGCUAUGUUAUGUGAAAUAUAGUCAAGUAAGCAGCAACGAAUGAGUGUUAGCCAUUCAAAAGCUAAUGCUCAGUUAUUAAAAUGGAAUUUAUUUAUUGAUAAUAAUCUUUUAAUACGUGUCGGUGGACGUAUUCAGAAUUCACUCGAUUUUAGUUACGAUAAACAUUAUCCUAUUUUGUUACAUUCUAAACAUAAUUUUACAGUUUUAUUGUUUAAAUACGAACACAUUCGAAUGAUGCAUGCUGCGCCGCAACUUUAUUUUGUGUACGUUACGAGAGUCAUGGUGGCCUAUUGGAGGUCGUAAUCUUGCUAAGAAGCUGGUACAUAGUUGUAUGAAGUGUGCCCGAUUGCGCGCAGUAACUGUUAAUCCCAUAAUGGGGAAUCUGCCUCGAGAACGAUUGCAGCCAGGUUUUCCCUUCUUACGCUGUGGAGUGGAUUAUGCAGGACCAGUGUUCAUUUUAAAUCGUAGGGGUAGGGGAGCAAGAUUACAAAAAUCGUAUAUAUGUUUAUUUGUAUGUUUUGCUUCACGCGCCGUACAUCUCGAGCUUGUAACUGACCUUUCAUCAGAUGCUUAUUUGUUGGCACUGAAGAGGUUCAUUUCACGUCGAGGAAAACCUAUUGAAAUAUACUCCGAUAACGGGCGCAACUUUGUAGGCGCAAUGAAUGAAUUCGCAAAGUUUUUAAAUUGUUGUUCAGAUGACAUUAAGGCAUACGCGAUUUCUCAAAAUAUAAAUUUUAGAUUGAUACCGUGUUAUGCUAGUCAUUUUGGGGGCUUGUGGGAGGCUGGUAUUAAAAGCUGUAAGUAUCAUUUGCGGCGUGUGGUUGGCAACGCACACCUUACAUUUGAAGAAAUGAGCACAGUACUAUCGCAGGUUGAAGCUAUCCUCAACUCCCGACCCUUAAACCCUAUGUCCUCAGAUCCACAGGAUUUUCUUCCACUUACCCCAGCUCAUUUUUUGGUUGGCCGUCCGCUAACUGCACCUGUACCUGAUGACCUUCAAGAUGUUCCGGCUAGUCGACUUACCAGAUACCAGAGAGUUGAACAGAUCCGCCAGCACUUCUGGAGCCGCUGGGCUAAAGAAUACGUGUCAGAGAUGCAAACCAGGAGCAAAUGGUACCAACAUAAGGGUGAGCUCAAGGAAAACAUGUUGGUUCUUAUAAAAGAUGACAACUUACCGCCAUUGAAAUGGAGCUUGGGACGAAUUAUCAAAACAUAUCCAGGCAAAGACAGCUUGUCACGUGUGGCUGAUAUUCGCAAAGAGGAUGGGAUAGUGAGACGGGCAUUCUCCAAAAUCUGUCCGCUUCCCUUACAUGAAGAAUGAUUACGCACGAUAGCAGCUGCUGGGUUCCUGAAUGAUCACCGCCAAUUGUUGGAACCUGGUGCUUCCAAGGCCGGGAGCAUGUUAACGAAUCAACGUCGCGUCAUACAUUGAUGGCUGUGAUUGGCCAACGAUGACGUCAUAUCGCACGAACCAAUCACAAAACAGGAAACGCAACAGUGGCACCAAUUGUCAAAAUUUAAAAUUAAUAUAACACGAAGAAAAAAGAUGGACGCGCAUUUCAAUUUUGUAUUUGUAAAAUAAUUAAAAACAAUAUAAUGAGUAUUUGAAGAAGUAAACGCAUUUAUUCAUUUUCUUGGCCACCUCAAGAUACAUCUAAGAAAUAGACGCAACAGUACGUAACAAAAAUUAUCUCUGGAAAUUUACUAAUUAAUGAGCGAAGCAGUUUUAAUUUCAGUGAUAGGCGGUGCAAUGGUGAAAACGUGAUGAUGAUAUUAGGACGCGACGAUGAAAAAUUCCACAGUGUAAUCCCCAUAUUAAAUAUUUAUCGUCUUUAACUUUUUUUAUUUUUUAUUUCUUAUAUGUGUGGACGAGCUGGUGUUAAGUGGUUACUGGAGCCCAUAGACAUCUACAACUUAAAUGCGCCACCCACCUUGAGAUAAGUUCUCAGGUCUCAGUAUAGUUACAACGGCUGCCCCACCUUUCAAACCGAAACGCAUUACUGCUUCACGGCAGAAAUAGGCAGGGUGGUACCUACCCGUGCGGACACACAAGAGGUCCUACCACCAGUGAAAACUAACUCUCAAUUAAUAAUCCUCACGAAAUUUAAUCAGCGAAUUCAGAUAAAACUCCUUAACGGGAUUACCGUAAUACAAUGUUUUCGGCUGUUGCCGGGUGUUAAUUGGAAUUCCGAGACAAUUAAUUGAACGCGAGUCCGCGAAAGCUCUCGCCUUAUUUGUCACAAUAAAAGAUGUGCUCUCGUCUCUGUUUCAAAACUGUUUUUAAUAUUCCCGUUUCGUCUUUGGCUCGCCGUGUGGCUAUUUCCUUUUUGUUUUGAAGCGGACGAAUUGAGCGUUUUUGUUUGUACAAGUUCAGAGCAGCUGGAGCGAAGGUAAUCUCUUUUACGUUUGUUGGAUUUGAGACUGAUUUUCUUUUUUUUUUCAUCAGGGUCCGCGCUUUCUCGUGUUUAUGCGGCCUUCGUACCAGCACAGAGGGACUUACGGACGGCCAGAUACUCGUUACGCGUGAAAUUUUAAAAACUGAACAAGCUAAUGUUUUGUCUUUAUAGAAUUCCCGUUUUUACGGUUUGUACAUACCUUACUCAUUACGUUGACGUGCAGUGCGUCGUCAUUGUGGUGGUGUCAAAUUAUUUAUUAUAUUCUUGUAUAGCAGUGCACUUAGCAACACGUACUCGAUAACACGCUACCAUUUGUACUUAACUAACAUAAUAAAGGUGCUCAAACAACGUACUCUUUUGGAUCUCUACAAACUUGUUCUACAAAACUGUUCCAUGGGGAGUGCUCUGAGGAAUUAUUCGAGAUGAUACCGGCAUCUCGCUUUUACCACCGCAUCGCCCGGCCCCGGAGUAGAGUUCAUCCAUACUACCUGGAGCCACUGCGGUCAUCCACAGUGCGCUUCCAGAGAUCUUUUUUGCCACGCACCAUCCGGCUAUGGAAUGAGCUCCCCUCCACGGUGUUUCCCGAGCGCUAUGACAUGUCCUUCUUCAAACGAGGCUUAUGGAGAGUAUUAAGCGGUAGGCAGCGGCUUGGCUCUGCCCUUUGCAUUGCUGAAGUCCAUGGGCGACGGUAACCACUCACCAUCAGAUGGGCCGUAUGCUCGUCUGCCUAAAAGGGCAAUAAAAAAAAAAAACUUCCCCUUGGACCCCAACACCGUUGUUCUUUUAAAGAGACAGCAUAUGCUUACGUAUAUACUUAAGAUACCUACUUAAGACUCUGUUAUUUAAACUAUGUCAAUGGAUAAUCUCUCGGCCACGUGCUCAGGAACGAUAGAUACGUGCUGCUGCAGUUGAUAAUUAUGGGCAAAGGGGACGGAAAGAGACCUGUUGGGCGAAGAAAGAAGUCAUGGCUCCGGAAUAUCCGGGAGUGGACCGGUAUUGCCUCUGUAGAACAGCUGUUCCGGCUGGCUGCUGAUAGAGAUGAAUACAGGAAGCUAACGGCCAACCUUCAGGAUUGAAGAGGCACUGGAAGAAGAAGAAGAAUGGAUAAUCAAGGUCACAGAUAAGUGGUCAAUCAAAACGAAACUACUCAAAGAACUAAGCAUUCUACUAUUUGAUGUUAUGAAAGUCUUAGUAGUGAUUUCAAUUCCAAGAAAGUUACACAAAUUUAAAUUUUGCUACUCAUGUUAUCCGAAACAACUGCUGCAAGCUGAGGAACUUUAAUACUUUUCUUAAGCUUUUGGAUUGUACUUUAAAUAAAUCUGUCCUAUAUCAAUACAAAUUUGCUACUAUAUUCUAUUGAAAAACAUGAUCUAGAAAUAGGAGUAAUCAUAAAUUUGUAAAGAAAUCCUCCUCCGCCAUUCGUGCUCCUCAUAUCUAAGGGUCGUGACUACCUCCAUCCAAGAGUUUAGUCCUCACGACAUUAUGCCAUCUCGCCCUGUCCAUUGGCUAUUCUGAGAGAAUGGCGGAAUAGAAGGUGGCGAGGACCUGGUCAAACCAACCUAUUGGACUGCGCCCACGCGAUCUUCUUCCUUAUACAUAUUUCCUUUCAAGUAUUCCAAAUAACUCUGCCUAUCCUGGCAAUGUGUCCGAGGUACUAUAUUUCUCGCUUGAGUAAAUAAUCAAGUAAAAAUAAAGCAUUUUUAUUACAUAA